CGUUAGUUCCGGGAGGGCUGGGCCUGCAGCGGGAUCCCGGAGCUGGUGCAAUGAGAGAGUGAAGUGGCCGAGCUCAGAGCAGGCAGCAGGUUUAGGGAAGACAGACCUCCUUGACCAUGUCCAAGCCUACAAGCAAAGAUUCGUCCUUACGUGAGCGAUUCAAAAGUCUCCUGGGUAUCGGCCCCCGUAUUAACACCAAGCAAGCGGAAUGUAAGCCAGCAGAACUCAUAAUCACGGGUGAAAUACUAAAGGAUCUGAAUGUAGAAUGUGGACUUCACAACAGAAUAAAAACCAUCAACCAUGUUUGUGACCUAGCCAGGACCAGGAAGUUUGAAGAGCAUGCGGUGGAGGCUGUGUGGCAAGCUGUGGCUGACUUGAUUUCUGAUGAUCAUUCAGAGGCCAGGCAUGCAGUACUGCUGCUGAUGAAGGCUAUUAUUCAGGGGCAGGGGGAAAGGCUUGGCCCGAUCCGAGCACACUUCUUUCAUGUCAUCAAGGAUUAUCCAGUGAAUGGUGACCUACUUGAGAGACUAGAGGUGUUCAAAGCACUAACAGAAAAUGGAAAAGACAUCACCUAUUUGGAAGAAGACCUGUCCUCUUUUGUCCUCAAGUGGUUGGAUAUUGGUCUCUCAGUGGAGUUUCUGGAGGUACUAGUCAAUCUGGUCAAAUUCAACAGCUGCUACCUGGAUCUAAUUGUGGCUCAGAUAGUCCAUAAAAUCUGUGUUCUUUGUAAUCUGACCACAGUGCCAACAGAUAUAGAGGUCUCCCUGCAAGUCCUGGAUGCCGUUGUUUGUUAUAACUCUUUGCCCUCUGAGUCUCUCCCAGGAUUUAUCAUUACACUUUGCCGCACAGUUAACGUCAAGGAAUUCUGUGAGUCCUGUUGGAAGCUGAUGCGCAAAGUUUUGGGAACGCAUCUGGGGCACAGUGCAAUUUAUACAAUGUGUCGCAUUAUGGAGGAUAAAGUGCAUACGGAUGAUGCGGCUUUGUUGAGAGGUGCAGUAUUCUUUGUUGGAAUGGCUCUCUGGGGUGCACAUCGUCUCUUUACCCUGAAGAGUACCCCAACAUCUGUUUUACCCUCUUUUUAUAAGGCUAUGACAAGUGCCAAUGCAGUAGUGUCCUAUGAAAUUGUCCUGUCUAUCACUAGAUUGAUCAAAAAGUAUGGAAAAGAGUUGCAGGUAGUUACCUGGGAACAACUUUUGGAUAUUAUUGAAAGAUUACUUCAGCAAAUCCAGACACUGGAUAGUCAUGAGCUGUCAAUUAUUGUACAUGAGCUGCUAACCACUAUAGAGGAGUUGUAUGAGCAGAAUGACUAUCAUGGUCCUCAGGAGCGAUUAUUCAUGCUGAUUGAAAAAUGUUCUGAUAAGAGACCGGAGGUCUCUGUCCUUACACUUGUGUCCUACCGUGCUCAGUCUAUUCACCCUGCGAAACACUGCUGGAUUCAGAAUCUGCAGAAACUAAUGGAGAAGUUUUUCAGGAAUGAGAAUCGUAGCACCAUUCGCAAGAAAACCCUUGAUGUCUUGUCAUUUGUUUUGAGCAUCAAUCGACAGCUGUACGAAGAGGAAUUGAUUGAAGCUAUAGUGAUCCCUCAGCUAGGGCACAUUGCGGAGGAUAAAGAUCAUAUGGUACGGAGGUUGGCCUCACAGCUACUGGUGGACUUAGCAGAAGACUGCAAUACCCCUCAAUUUAAUAAUCUCUUGGACAUUAUAGAAAAGGUUGUGAAUCGACCACUCAUUGAUCCACUUGUUGUGGAAGCUGUGGAAAGUGACUUUUUGUAUGAAUCUGCGCUGGAAGAUGUAAAGACAGCUGUCUUGGGUCUUCUAGAGAUUCUGCAGACCAAAUUAUACAGUUUACCUGCCAGUCACGCAAGUCGGGUUUAUGAGCUUUUGAUAAGUCACAUACAGUCCCACUACCAGCAAAUGUACACAUCUUCCAUCGCAAGCAGUAUACGCCUAAAGGUAUUCAAUUUCUUUCUGCAUCUUCGAGUUGACUCUCUCUUUCGCAUUGGAGUGCCAAAUAAGGACAGGAUUGUGAGAUUCAGCCCAUAUUGUCUCUGUGGAAGCAGUGAGUCUGAGAAGAGAAGCUCUGAGAAGAAAGUACAAGGUACAGUUUCUCCACCAGCGGGAAGCCCUGCAGCAGCUCAGAGUACCACCAUUCGCAUGGGUUAUUUACCUUUCUCACUCGCUUUUGGCGCACUUCUCCAGUGUCUUGAACAUGAGACAGACUGGAAGGUGCUGAAACUUGUUUUGGAUAAACUACCUGAAUUGCUCAAGUAUAAGGGACUCAUUCUGACCUCUCCAUGCAGCAUAGACCAGCUCUGCUCUGCUCUCUGUACCAUGGUCACGGACCGCCAGCUAGCAGAGAGGUUGAGGAAUACACCCGAUGGUUUCUCUCGCACUGAUGUCCAGUUGGCAGUUGUCCCGGUGCUGACAGUUAUCACCUCAUACCAUAUUUACUUGGACCAAUCUAAACAGCGUGAAUUUGUUCAUUGCCUUGAUACUGGGUUGAUCUAUCGUUGUGCCAAACAGUGUGUGGUAACACUGACUAUGUGCAUCAUCGAGAUGCCAGACAUCAUGGUUAAACUGCUUCCUGGCAUUAUUCUCAAACUGACACACAUCUCUGCCACACUCACCAUGGCUAUCCCCAUGCUGGAAUUUUUAUCAACUUUGGUGAGACUUCCUCCUCUGUAUGCCAACUUUGUGGCAGAACAAUAUGUCAGUGUAUUUGCUAUCUCAUUACCUUACACUAACCCUUUCAAGUUCAACCAGUAUAUAGUGUCUCUAGCACAUCAUGUCAUAGCCAUGUGGUUCAUUCGCUGUCGACUUGUGUUCCGAAAAGACUUUGUACGGUACAUUACAAAAGGUCUGAGAUCGAAUGCCUUACUACCAUUUGAGGACACACACGAACCCAGUAGUUUUCGAGCCCGUAGCACAAGCUUGAAUGAAAGACCCCUCAAAAGCUUGCGAGCCACAAAGCCCCUAAAACCAGGCUUGAAUAGUUCCCAAAUUAAAGAUAUGAAAGACCUCUCAGCAGUCGAGGCCUUCCGAUCCCGCAGCAUCAGUGUUUCAGAACAUGCAGUCCGCAGUAGAAUGCAGACUUCAGUCACAAGCUCUAGUUUGGGAUCAGCGGAUGAGAAUUCAAUGGCAGAGGCUGAAGACAGUCUUAAAACUGUGCACCUUGAGCUUACUGAAACCUGCUUGGAUAUGAUGGCUCGAUAUGUUUUCUCUAACUUCUCUGCUCUGCCUAAGAGGUCCCCUGUGGCAGAGUUUCUUCUUGGUGCAGGAAGGAGUAAUACAUGGUUGGUUGGAAACAAGCUUGUCACGGUAACCACCAGCAGCGGUGUAGGAACAAGAGCACUGUUGGGUCUAGAUUCCCUGGAUCAAAAGAGGACUGAGGAAGUGUCCAGGCUGGAUUUAUCUCAGCAAGUGAAGACAACCCAAGAAGCACCAGCCAAGCUGGAAUCUCAAACCAGUCAACAGAUUGGAAAAGCUGCUCGUCUGCGAGUGAGAUCCGUAUCAGGUGGCCAUGCUCUUCACAGUGAUUCAGUUCAGAACUUAAGCCCCCUUGUUUCGCCCUCGGACAGAGCGCUCUGUGCCCCUGUGACUCCAAAUCCAAAAGGAUUAGAAAACCGGAAAGCAUUGCAUCAGGAUGUUCCUCACUCUAGUGGCCAGUUGCUCUCCCAGAAGGAAAAAGCCAACCUGGCUGAAUAUGCGCCAGUAUUGACCCAAGGCUGGGCAGAAGUAUACAUUCGUCGACCCUCUGGUAAUGCGAGUUGGCUUCUGUGCCUGGAAAAUCCACCGAGCCCAUUCUCAUCUGAGAUAAACAAUAUACCCUUACAAGAGCUGUCCACAAUGCUGAUGGCUGUAGAGAGAGUGACAGAUCCAUCCCAGCAUGGUUCUACUCGAUCAGAAUCCGUGCUGUCCUCUAGCUCAACUGCUGGGGCAUCCAAACCAACCUUGCUUCAGCGCUUCAACACAGAUUCAGUUGCAGUGGUAGAGGAAGGUGAUGGGCCUGGGAUGCGCUUGAAGACGUGCGACUCUCCUGUGGAGUCUCAAGAACUUGAAGACUUUGAGCCAAUCUUCAUGCCAGCAGAGAGUUAUGAUAAAAGUCCAGCGCACUGCAGUAGAUCAUCGUCAAGUUCCAGUCAAGAGGAAGACAAGAUUCUCCAGUCAGAGGACAGUGGAAUAAUGGGAAUCCCAACUGAAAAAGUUGUUCCAUCUUCUUUAUCUGUGGAUCGCUCGGAGGAAGAAUUCAGUAUUGACCGCGUUCAAAUUCUCAAUAAAUCCAGUUCCUCCCCCGAGCUUCAAAACCUGCAAGAAGCGACAGAAGUCAAUGGGAAAGAGGGGCUAGUUGGGAAGCCUGCGGCUGAAGGGAAACCUGCGGCUGAAGGGAAGCCCAGAAGUCGGACUGAAAGCAUCGAAGAGGAAUGCUCUUCAAAUGGCAGAUUGGAAACUAGCGACAGUGACGCAAUUAAGAAACCGGAUGCACUGCUGCCAGCAGAAAAGAAGGAACCGCCUCCGUCACCAAACCGCUACAGACCCAGAGGCCACACCAUCUCUGAUUCUGCCCCAUCAAGGAGGGGGAGAAGGUCACAGCGGGAUGGUGUUCAAAACAGAUCGGCAGCUUCAAAUGCAGAGAAGAUUAGUGGGAUUAACCCAAGUUUUGUAUUCUUGCAGUUGUAUCAUUCACCAUUCUUUGGCAGUGAGUCCAACAAGCCCCUCCUGGUGCCCAAGACUGAGAUCACCGAACGAGCGAUUAAAGUUCUUGAUCAGAUGCCACCUUAUGACACGCACAAGGUUGGCGUUGUGUAUGUUGGGGAAGGACAGACUAAUAAUGAAGUUGAAAUUCUGUCCAAUGCGUAUGGCUCAUCCAGAUAUGCACAGUUCCUGACAGGCCUUGGUAAAUUGAUCUAUCUCCAAGACUGUAACCCAGAACAAAUUUUCCUCGGUGGCCUUGACACCUACGGUGAUGACGGGCAGUUUACCUACUGUUGGCAUGACGACAUCAUGCAAGCAAUUUUUCACAUCGCGACCCUGAUGCCAAAUAAGGAAUCAGAUAAAGCCUGCUGCAACAAGAAACGGCACAUAGGGAAUGACUAUGUGGUGGUAAUAUACAAGGACACUGAAGAAGAAUACAAACUGGGAACGAUAAAGGGUCAGUUUAACUUUGUGGAAAUAAUGAUUAAGCCUCUAGACUUUGAGAGCAACCUAGUAACCCUGCAAGCACGGAAGGAUAUGGAAGGGCUGGUUGACACAAGUGUGGCUAGGAUUGUGUCAGACAAGAAUCUCCCCCUGUUAGUGCGACAAAUGGCUUUGCAUGCAAAUAUGGCGUCGCUCGUACACCACAACAGUGCAGUUCCUUCAGAAGCCUAUGCAUCCAAGUGGUUAGCUAGGUUGCGACAGAUAAAACGGAUUCGAUCUAAGGUGUAUGAAGACCUGCAGUAUCGUCAGAAUGCUGGAAUUUCUUUGAUACCGAUACAUACCACUGGUCAGAGUAAAACUCACCACCAUCACCAUCAUCACCACCACCAUCAACAACAACAGCAGCACCUUCCUCACCACCAUUACGCUGCACAGCACUCGCAGCAGCAGCAGCAGCAGCAGCCGCAGCCACAGUCUGCCUGUGCAGAAACCGGCCAGAGGAAAAGGCUAAUGUCCACCGUGGAUGAUUUCACAGACUUUGUUUAAAGUGGUCCCUUGUGUGCACAAGCCCUGUUUAAAUGUGUGCAAUAUGUACACCAUACUGUGAUGAAAGCCAAAUGUUUUUGGUUUGUGGAAGUGG